AUGGAGCAAUUCGAAUUCCACGCUGCUACCACAUCCCACAGCCGCACCUGGUCCCCCAUUGAGCCAGGCGUAGACGAGCUCGUCCUCAACCAAGACACGCAGACAGGAAGGCGCACGACACUGCAACGCUGGCAGCCCGGCGCCCGCAACCAGCAGGACGUUUUCAUUCACGACUACGUCGAGGAGAUCUUCAUGGUCGAGGGUGAUCUGUACGAUGUGAAUCUGCACAAGGGCUGGGAGAAGGGCGCGUAUGCGUACAGGAAGCCCGGGAUGCGGCAUGGCCCGUUUAAGAGCGAGGGCGGGUGUUUGAUGUUUAUUGUCUGUAUCCCCGUGGAUGCGCAAGGAAGUGAGAUGGGAGAGAGAUCAUGA